AUGAUUGCAAUAGUAUAAACUCCAAGUACUGUACAAUCAACAAGAUAAUGUAAAACAGUAAUAGAUUGAUUUGACAUUGAUUUAGCCUGGGGAAUAUGAUCAUUUCAGAAGAAUAUUAAAAACAAGAUAAAGAUUUCCAUCAAGUUCAGAUUGCAAGUUUAGGAAAUCUUUAACUAGUCCAUUAAAAAAAUAUAGUGCUAAUUAAACUAUAGAAAAAAGAGUUCUUCAUACUUUAUAGGAUAGACCUAAAACAUAAGCAGAUUUACCAGAAAGACCUCCAGAAUAUUACAAUUUAUUCAAUUUACCUUAUAAGAACUAUAAAUAUUAAAAGCCUCCUGGAUAAAUUAAUGUUGCUGAAUAUCUAGAAGGAACUUAUAAAUUGGGUAAAACUACAGGUAUAUGGGACAAAAAUAUACUACAUAAGAAAUUAAAUGUUAAUAAGUAUUAAUUGAUAUAUAAGGAUUUAGUCUGUAACUGAAGAGAAGUAAUUACACUUCAAAUCAUUUAAUAAAAGCAAGAAAACCAUAAGGGCCAUCAAGUUGUUUAGAGACAAUUUAUAUUGCUAAAUUAUAAUUAGAUAAUGAACAAUCUAAUGAGGUUUUAAUUAAAAUGAAGGCUAUGGAAGAUUCUUUAAAAUAAGAUAUUCAAAAGUAUCUAGUUGAAGGAUCAACAACUCAACUUUAAAUAAAAUUUCCAUCAUAAUCAUAUAUUUUAAAUAGAUGGACUAGAUAAUCAGUAGGUUAGGAUGCACCUUUAUGCUCAAAAUGUGAAUUGAUUCCUAAAUUUACUUUUUAAAAAAACCAAGUUAAUAAUAGCGUAGAAUCAUUAAAAAGAUCUAUGAUUUAAUUUCAAACUUAAGAAAAUACUUCCUAAAUAACAGAAUUACCAUAACCAAUUAAAUUUUUAAAAUUUGAGUAAAACAUUUCUAUUGAUAGAGCAGUCCUAAAAUAAAUUAAUUUUGGCAUCUCUACAAAACUAAAGGAAUGACAAUGAAAUCAUUAAAAACAAGCUUCAAAAUAUUUUAGAAACCAAUAAUAGGUGAUAGAUUAUUAUUAAGUUUUGAUUUGAGUCCUUAGAAUAAUGAAGAAAAGGUGUCAUAUAAAUAAUUUUGCCACUUUAUGAGAGUUUUCGUAUAUAAAAAAGCUUUUUUAAAGGAGAGUAUAGAUAGUUUAUUGAAUGUAAUAAAAUCAAAUUAAAAAUAGUUUUAUGAUCCUGAGAAACAACAGAGAAUUACAAAUAGAGAAUUUAUAAAUAUAAAUAGGAUACUUUGUGAGUAAUUUAUGGAGAACCAUUCAACAGUGAAGCCAAUAUAUUAAGAAUUAAUUUAGAAUUUUAGAUUGUCAAAAGUAAUAAGUGAUGAAAAUGAUUCUUAUUUUGAUUAAUAAGCAUUCAAACAUGUUUUCAUAUCAAAUUAGAUGAAUAUAUAGGAUAUAAUAGAAUUGAUUAGUGAUGAGUGA